AGCUUAGUUCAUCUCAUAGAUAAUAUUAAAUAAAUAUAAAUAGAGCUUUAUCUAUCUUACUGUGUGUCAAGAUAAGUGGGGUAAAGGGAGCACUUUGACACAUUUUCCUCCCUCGCGCAAUCGCCGAGAGAAACGUGCGAAAUAGUGCGAAUAUGAAUGCGUUUGCGCAAAGGAAGAAAAUUUGCUAUCUAUUUAUCUAUCUAUAUGCUACUUAUAUAUAUAAAGAUCUAAAGGCAGAGAUGGAACAAAGCUCUAACUAUAUUUAAUAUAUCUAUGAUUCAGCUGUAAAGAACAGACCCAAUAUGCAUUAGACAUUUGAUUGGUUAAUUUCUUGCACAUGCAUUAUGCGUCUCGUUCUCCUCCCUUUAUUCCCUUUAACAAUGGCAGCUACGCCGAUUUAAAUAUUAUAUUAUAUUACAUAUUCAUUGCAUAUCCGUAUCAAUAUAUUACAGUAAAUUAGUUUGCAUACAGCAAAAUUUGCCCGUCAUUGACAGUGAUUUGACAAUUAAAAAGAGCGAAUAAUCCAAUGGCUCUUGUACGCUGGACGUGGUUGGAUCAUUGGAUUAACUUAAUAAGAGAAAAACAGAGAGAGAGCUUUUCUAUAUGUUUCUAUUUAUAACUGCAAAUCUGCAAAUGUGCGACGUUUUAUAUAAAAAUCAAUCUAUUUCGUCAUUUAUAUUUACGUAGCUAUUGUAUGCAGCUAACGUCUGUAUUGAAUCUUUAAAAGAAAUCUUCGGAUUUUCACCAAAUAGUUUUUGUAUCUGAGAUAUUUUUCAAACUUACAUAAUGGAAAAUUAAAAAAAUAACAAACUAAGUAACAACUAAGCAGAUUAUACACUGAGUGAAAAGAUGGAACAGAAUCUUGGAUUUGUGGAUAUGCUGGAAGAGAGGCGAAAGGACUGUGACUUUUUUUGGGCAACACGUUCCAUGAAUCCAUUGUUACCGCAUAUGCUGCCAGUGGAAUCAGUUUACAAUAGAGACAAGAUAAUACAAUCUGUUUUGCUCGAUGCACAGGUCAGAGCUGCAAUUGAUACAAUAGCAAAGAAAACAGGAGUUGAAGUUAAAGAUGUCGAGAAUAAUGCUCGUGUUAUGAUAAAUGAAAUGGCUAGCAGAGCAGAUUUGGCAACAGUACGUUGGCUAGGUAUUUUUAUUACAAAAGCUAUAAAGAGAAUGUUUUCAAGAAUUUAUGUAAAUGAAACCAAUCUUUUUAACUUAAAGAAGGAAACACAGAUAUCUCAGAUACAAUAUGUUUAUGUACCAACUCAUAGAAGUUAUCUGGAUUUUAUUCUGCUAUCGUACAUUCUUUUUUCUUACGACAUGGCAUUACCGAAUAUCGCGGCUGGUAUGGAUUUUUACAAUAUGAAAAUAAUUGGAGAACUGUUGCGUAAAACUGGAGCGUUUUAUAUACGACGUAGUUUCUCUAAUGAUUUAUUAUACAAGCAAAUUUUUCGCUCGUAUAUCAACACUAUUGUUAGUCACAGCGAUAGGGCGAUAGAAUUUUUUCUCGAGGGCACUCGAAGUCGUAGUCAGAAGAGUACGAUGCCAAAAUACGGUCUUCUAUCUAUUAUUUUAGAAAGUUUACUUCAAGGCGACGUACCCGACAUACAUUUUAUACCUAUGAGUAUUAGUUACGAACGGCCACCGGAAGAAUUAUUAUUUAUUUACGAAAUGUUAGGAGUUCCGAAGCCGAAAGAAAGUACGACCGCGCUUUUUCGGUCACUUUCUAUAUUACAAAAUCCUUUUUCUCACGGUUGCAUUUACUUUAACAUCGGAAAACCAAUCUCCGCUCGCCAAUUUGUAGAUACAACACAUCGCAAAAGAAAAAUCAUACAUCCUUCCUUUAAAAUCCCAUCGUCAGUUGUAGAAGAUGUAGCUUAUUUUAUAGUAGAAUCACACAAGAAAAACACUGUACUUAUGCCGAUCAAUAUUAUUGCUUUGCUUCUCAAUGAAAGAAUUCAGAUGAAACCAAAGGAGCCAUAUACAUUCGAUUCAUUGACCAAAGAUUAUCAAUGGUUCAAAAGCUUUAUCACCAAAUCAUUGAGAGCAAUAAUGUAUGAAACUGAAAAAAUUAAUGAUGACGAGAUCAAACAAGAGAUAUUAGAAUCUUUAAAACCGCACAAUGAACUAAUUGUAUUUGACUCAUCAAAUAUAUUAAAACUCAAACAACGACAUAAAGGAAUUAAAUUACAGAAUCAAUCAAAUAUCAAGGGACAUUCCUUAUCUGAACGGACUAUGCAAAUAGCGGUACCUGCCAUUAAUAUUGCAGUUUAUAUCAAUCCAGCUUUGGCUUUCCUGGUGGAAGCAGCUUUCAUUACUGCAACAAUAGAAGAUAAUGGCACCCGAAGCGGAGUAGCUUUGGAACGAUAUCAAUUAUUAAGAAAAUUGCUCAGCACAGAGUUUGUAAUGCGCCCGAUUGAAGAUAAAGAUUUAAUUAAAACAGAAUGGGAAAAGUCAUUGAAUAUAUUGCUGUCAGAGGAUUGUUUAUAUAUGGCGGAAGAUCUGAUUCGUCCAGGAACUAAUACGCAACUGUUUUCUAUUUUGCAUAAUGUUAUAUUACCCUUCAUAGAUGUUAUAUAUGUGAUAUGUAUCUUAUUAUUCGAGUGGAAUGAAAGAACGUCGGGCAAACUCACGGAUCGGACGAUUCUUGUUGAAGCACAGAAAGAAGUUGAAAGAUUAUUGCUCGAAACUAGAGGCUGGUGUCAACAUCCCUAUUGUUUAUCUCUUGAUCUUUAUAAUACAACAUGGUCCAAUUUAUUAUCGCAAGGUAUCGUAAUUGCACAUCCGGAACAUGCCAAUAUAUAUCGAACGGAUAAAGCAAAAUUGGCAUACCUUAUCAGCGUAUUGCGUGAGUUACCGUUGCAACGUCCCAUAGGGAGCUACAUUGAUGCGUUUCCUUUAAUUAUCUUAAUGCCAUCGGUGAAUACACAAGCUAAAUUAUAAUACUCAUUUAUCGCGAAAUAACGGUUUCAGUAUGCUAAUACUAACAAUAAUAACAACACUAAUUGACUAAUUGACAAAUUAAUUUUAAUUGGGAAGUGUGUCGAGAUACGCGUCACUGAUAUGUACAUUCCAAUUUCGUUU